AUGGGCGGACCCCUGACUGGACUGAACAAGUAUCGGUCCAAGAAACAGAAGACUCACAUGAACCCCAGAACAGCAGUGUUCUGCGGCCUUGGGGCCCCAGAGCCUGGCGGCCAGGGAGGCCAGGCAGCCUUCAGCUAUACGGUGAAUCUGGCCUUGUACCCGGGUGAUUGUGCACCGGGGCAGGGAAGCAGCGAGACCCACAUUCCCAGAGGCACCAGUGUCCCUCUCAGUCGGGGGUGUGCGGCAAUUGCCAAACAAGAAUGGCCCCCAGCCUUCCUACAGGGAGGCCCAAGGUGGCUUCUGAGAGGCCAGGCCCAGGUGCCGGCCCAGAGCCUGCCCGCAGGGGGCGCUCGUGGCCCACAGGCCUGGGGCAUGGUGGGCUGCAGUUUCCUGGAGCUGCCACUGGGGGGCACCGCACAGCCCAGCCUCAUCUGGGACCCAUUAGCCAGGUGCCCCAGGGCUCUAGCGGGCCCUGUGUCCCGGGUGACCUGUGCAGGGGGCGCCUUUGGACCCACUCCCCUUUCUGGAGCCAAGAAAGGAGGACAGAUGGGGGACAGGAGCCUGAUGCCCCGCACGGUGGACGGACAGAUCACCAUGGAGAAGACUCCCAGCUACUUCGUCACCCGGGAGGCCCCGCGCCGCAUCCACAGCAUGUCCCCCGACACCAAGCUGAUUGUGGUGGUGCGAAACCCUGUGACCCGAGCCAUCUCCGACUAUGCCCAGACCCUGUCCAAGACCCCAGGCCUGCCCAGCUUCCGAGCGCUGGCCUUCCGCCACGGCCUGGGUCCCGUGGACACCGCCUGGAGUGCGGUGCGCAUCGGCCUCUACGCCCUGCACCUGGGCCGCUGGCUGCGCUACUUCCCGCUGUCCCGCUUCCUGUUCGUCAGCGGCGAGCGCCUGGUCAGCGACCCGGCCAGGGAGGUGGGACGCGUGCAGGACUUCCUGGGCCUUACACGUGUGGUCACCGGCAAGCACUUCUACUUUAACGCCACCAAGGGCUUCCCGUGCCUCACGAGGGCCCCUGGGAGCGGCCGGCCUCGCUGCCUGGGCAGAUCCAAGGGCCGCUCCCACCCCCGCGUGGCCCCGGCCCUGCUUCAGCGGCUGCGUGACUUCUACCGGCCCUUCAACCGCAAGUUCUACCAGAUGACUGGCCAGGACUUUGGCUGGGACUGA